CUCGUGCCUCCGAUGGAGGGGUAAAGGGAAAGGCAGACUGUUCGCUUCUCCAGUUCCUUCUCGUCACCUCAUGGUCCAGUUUUACAUGUGGUACACUUAAAAAAUGAGGCUGAGAACGCGGAAGGCUUCUCAGCAGUCAAAUCAAAUUCACACCCAGCGUGCUUUGAGAGCAAAGAGGAAACAUUCAGAGGUAGAAGAGAGCUUACCUGUUGGAGGAGGAAAACCACAGAAGAAUGAAACCGGUCUGUUGUCAUCAAUCAAAAAAUUUAUUAAAGGAAGCACGCCCAAGGAAGAAAGAGAAAAUCCUGCAAAGAGAAGUAGAAUUGAACGUGACAUAGAUAACAACUUGAUUUCUUCCACACCUCGAACAGGAGAAAAGCCUAAUAAACAGAUCUCUCGAGUAAGACGGAAAAGUCAAGUAAAUGGAGAAGCUGGAAGUUACGAAAUGACAAACCAACAUGUAAAGCAAAAUGGAAAAUUAGAAGAUAAUCCUGCCACUGGCAGUCCGCCCCGGACUACAUUAUUGGGGACCAUAUUUUCUCCUGUUUUCAAUUUUUUCUCACCAGCAAAUAAAAAUGGAACAUCAGGAUCAGAUUCCCCUGGGCAAGCUGUUGAAGCUGAAGAAAUAGUCAAACAACUUGAUAUGGAACAGGUGGAUGAGAUCACUACCAGUACUGCAACAUCGACCAAUGGAGCAGUUUACACUAGCCAAGCAGUGCAAGUCAGAUCUACUAUCAACAACGGUUUGGAAGAAGUGGAGGAAACAACUGAUCGUGAUCUACCACCACUUACAGCACCAGUAUCUCCAGACAGUGGUUACUCAUCAGCUCAUGCAGAAGCCACCUAUGAAGAAGACUGGGAAGUCUUUGAUCCAUAUUAUUUCAUCAAACAUGUUCCACCACUAACUGAAGAACAACUUAAUAGGAAGCCAGCUCUUCCACUGAAAACAAGAAGCACACCAGAAUUCUCUUUAGUUCUAGACUUGGAUGAAACAUUAGUGCAUUGUAGUCUAAACGAGCUAGAGGAUGCUGCACUCACUUUUCCAGUGCUUUUCCAAGAUGUCAUUUACCAGGUUUAUGUGCGGUUAAGGCCGUUCUUCAGAGAAUUCCUGGAACGUAUGUCUCAGAUUUAUGAGAUCAUUCUUUUUACUGCUUCUAAGAAGGUGUAUGCAGACAAGUUACUGAACAUACUAGACCCUAAAAAGCAACUGGUCAGGCAUCGACUUUUCCGUGAGCAUUGUGUUUGUGUACAAGGAAAUUAUAUAAAGGAUUUAAAUAUCCUUGGUAGAGAUCUUUCAAAAACGAUCAUAAUUGACAAUUCACCACAAGCCUUUGCCUAUCAGCUUUCAAAUGGAAUUCCUAUAGAGAGCUGGUUCAUGGAUAAAAAUGACAAUGAACUCCUAAAAUUAAUUCCUUUUCUGGAGAAACUUGUAGAGCUGAAUGAAGAUGUCCGACCUCACAUCAGAGACAGAUUUCGCUUGCAUGACUUGCUACCCCCAGAUUAAACACCAAGCCUUUUAUCAAAUUACUGAAGGGGGAGAAAAUGCAGGACCCUUUUGGACUAAAACAAAAACAUUGCCAUUACUGUUGAAAUUUUGCAUUUUUGUACCCCGUCUUGCUUUUCUUAUCUUUGGUGCCCAACAGUAAUCAAGGGUUACAGAAAGAGACUUUCUAUAUCUCAGAUUGAAUACAUACAGUACAAUACAGUAGGUAGGCGAGAACAGAAAAGUCUUUAGAACUAGUGCAACUCCAAUGAAAUUUUUUUAUGUACAGGACAUCUGCAGU